CUUUCGUGCAGGAGUCCGUCUGUCAUGGGAAUCUUUGCAGCAGACCGAGGCUUUCUCGGAGAAAUCGGCGGACUUGAUGGAGGCAUGACAGUUUACGGAGGGGAAAACGUGGAGCUCGGGAUCCGCGCGUGGCUGUGUGGAGGAAGCGUGGAGGUCGUGCCUUGCUCCAGGGUCGCUCACAUCGAGAGGGCGCACAAACCGUACGCACCGGAUCUGGACCCGUUCAUGCGGAGGAACGCGCUGAGGCUGGCAGACAUUUGGCUGGACGAAUACAAGAAAAACGUUUUUAUUGCCUGGAACGUCCCUCUGAAGGUCAGUAAAGGUCAAAUUCACUUCAUUCUGGUAAAUUAACAGUAUUAUAGAAAACAGAAAUAAAAACACUUCUAGAA